UAUUACUUCUAAAUAGAUUUUUAUAUUCUAAUGAAUAAAUUUUUUUUUUUGACUCAUCUGCAACAAAUUCCCUUCUCUCUUUCUUUUAAACUUGAAAUCAUUAGAUAGGGGCUCAUACUUCUUAAUCUUAACCAAAUUGAGGAACAUGGUUUUCUUCAGCUGGGCUCGGCCAUCUCCUGAGGAUUGGAAAUCUUGUAUUGACAGAUCAGAUAGUUUGAACUAUGAUGCAAAAUACAUAGGAGCUAGUGCUAACCCACUUAAUUCCCUCAAACAAGAUAAAGGGCUCUCCAAAGAUGGCUUUUUUUUAAACCACAAACGUGUUUUGGUUGGUUCUGGCAUUGACACAUAUGAAAAGGGCAAGAAUGCUCUCCAAUCUUGGAGGCAUUUUGGGUUGGAUUGGGCAUUUGUGGACCCCAAAACUCGAACACAAGUUGGAGAAAAGUUUUGUGUUUGUGUGAAAGAGUUUCUGCCAUGGGUGAUGAUGCCACUUAAGGUUGUGUAUGUGGAUGAGAAGAAGAAGGGAAAGGAAAAGCAAUCUCUUUCCUCUUUUAGCUUUGGAAGUGGUACCCUUCAAGGCCACUUACUGGCUGGGGAAGAACGGUUCUCAAUUGAGCUUGAUGAGAAGAACCAAGUGUGGUACGAAAUACUUUCAUUCUCAAAACCUGCUGAUAUUUUGUCAUUUGUUGGGUUACCAUAUGUCAGGCUCAGGCAAAAUUAUUUUGCCCAGCAAUCUGCUAAUGCUCUUCUAAAACAUCUCAAUGCUUCACAAACCCCUAAAUGAAGGAAGGUAUAGAAUAUCUUAUCACGUUACGCGUUCGAAAGAGACUCGAACCUCGGUUUUUGUGGAAGCAAAAUCACUUACUGAGCAUUCGAGCUACCCCUCUUGGAUUAAGGAAAUUCGGCUUUUGAAUUGAAUGUGUUCUAAGUUUGUGUUAUCCAAAACAAGUUUGUAAAAAAUCUUCUUCUAUUGUUGCUGUUUUCUUUGCAUAGUGUUACUCUCUUGUCUCCAAUGAUUUCAUCAAACAAUUUCGUAAAUUAGUAAAAUUGAAUGAAAUUGGACAAA